AACUACACGCAUUUUAAAUCGGCCCCUCUCUUCUCUUCUCCGUCUCUCUCCCCACUUUGCUUCCUUUUUUUCUAUCUCUACAAAAACAGAAAAAUGUAUGUGUUUUGAGAGAGAUUAAGAAAGAGAGAGGGGUUUGGUUUUCAUGGUUGAUUCUUCUGCAAUAGUAACAACAUUAACAGCUACAACCAUGGCUACUUCUCCUUUAAAUUAUGGUGAAAAGAAACACUGGUGGCUGAGCAACAGAAAGAUGGUGGAUAAGUACAUUAAAGAUGCUAGAAGCCUUCUUGCGAGUAAAGAGCUGAGUGGGAUCGCUUCUGCACUCAGUCUUCUUGAUGCCGCUCUUGCUCUCUCUCCUCGCUUUGAACUCGCUCUUGAACUCAAAGCUAGAUCUUUGCUCUAUCUAAGACGAUUUAAGGAUGUCGCUGAUAUGCUUCAAGACCAUAUUCCUAGCCUCAAAAUGGGUAACGAUGACUCUGGUUCUGUUUCUUCUGAUAACUCCUCUCAACAACUUUCAAGAGAAAGAGUCAAGCUUUUGCCAUCUAGUGGCUCGUCCGAUGACUCACUGGGUCGUGAUCCAUCUUUCAAGUGUUUCUCCGUCUCGGACUUGAAGAAGAAAGUCAUGGCAGGGCUAUGUAAAAAUUGCGAGAAAGAAGGGCAAUGGCGGUACUUGGUUUUAGGUCAAGCGUGUUGCCAUCUAGGACUAAUGGAGGACGCCAUGGUUCUUCUCCAGACUGGAAAACGCUUGGCUACGGCAGCAUUUCGCCGUGAGAGCAUAUCUUUAUCCGAUGAUAGCUUCUCUUACUCUAGGUUUCCGAUGUCCAUAUCCACCAACGGCCACCACACACCACCUGCAACUCCUCAACGAGUUGUAACCGAGUUAGAGAGCAUAUCACAGCUGCUCUCACACAUAAAGCUCCUUCUACGCCGUCGUACGGCAGCCAUCGCUGCACUCGAUGCUGGUCUACACUCGGAGGCCAUACGCCACUUCAGUAAAAUCGUUGAUGGACGUCGAGGGGCCCCACAAGGCUUCUUGGCUGAAUGUUAUAUGCAUAGAGCUUUUGCUUAUAAAGCCUCAGGAAGAAUAGCUGAAUCUAUCGCUGAUUGUAACAAGACUUUGGCUCUUAAACCCAGUUGCAUUCAAGCACUGGACACCAGAGCCUCGCUUCUUGAGACCAUUCGUUGCCUUCCUGACUGUUUACAUGAUCUUGAACACUUGAAACUCUUGUAUAAUUCAAUCUUGCGUGAUAGGAAUCUUCCGGGCCCUGCUUGGAAGAGACAUAACGUGAGAUAUAGAGAGAUUCCUGGGAAAUUAUGUGCAUUGACCGCCAAGAUUGAAGUAUUGAAGCAGAGAGUUGCUUCUGGACAGACUGGAAAUGUAGAUUAUUAUGCUUUGAUUGGCUUGAGACGUGGGUGUUCACGAUCUGAGUUAGAAAGGGCACAUUUAUUGUUGUCCUUGAGACACAGGCCCGAUAAAGCUAACAGUUUUAUUGAUCGGUGUGAAUUUGCAGAUGAUCGUGAUCUUGAUUCUGUUAAAGACAGGGCAAAAAUGUCUGCAUUAUUGCUGUACAGAUUACUUCAAAAGGGUUAUUCUAGUGUUUUGGCUAAUAUUAUGGAUGAAGAAGCAGCUGAGAAACGGAGAAAAAAGGCCACAGCUGCUUUGCAAGUAGCUAUUCAAUUACAACAACAGGAAACUCAAAAUUUCAAAUUGGAACCGGAAUUGAAUCAACCUUCUGCUAAAUCUAUGGAGAUUUCUGGUUCUAAUAGAAUUAAUUCCACUGAAAACAAGGGGCCAACGGCUUCCAACAAAAAUAAUGUGUAUCAAGGUAUUUUCUGUCGAGACAUAGCUGCAGUUGGAAAUCUGUUAUCGCAAGCUGCCUUCAACCGUCAACUUCCUGUGAAGUAUGAAGCACUGAGCUGCUGAAUUUUUUUGCUGGGAAAAUUGAAAUGAAUUAAGGGAAAGGCUCUUGAGAUGUUACCGGCAGUGCAAUCUCUGGUUCAAUUUCUCUGUUUUGUACAAAAGGAUAAAUAUAAAAGGUUGCCGGGAAAUUUUGUUGUCAGUUCUUCUUCUUUAUGUACAUGUACAAAAUUUCAGUAUUCAAUUUCUACUUUUGGUGUUUUCUUUUUA